AUUUGGUUUGGAGAGUUGGAACAGCAUUGUAAGAGCACCUAUGGAGAAGAAGAGGAUUAUAGGAAAUCUAUAAAGCUUUAAAUUCAGCAUUUUUUUCCUCAUUGAAGAGAAAGCAAAACAAGAACUAUAUGAUUUUUGUUAUUGUAUGAUUGAAAAGACUGACCUGUCAAUUUGAGAGUUUGCUGAUGUAAAGAAGUUGAUGUGGAAGAUAAAUAGUUGCUGCAAAGAACACUGACAACUUCAAAGCAAAAUGAAGUUCUUUCUGUUGCUUUCAGUCAUUGGGUUCUGCUGGGCUCAGUAUAACCCAAAUACCAAGCCUGGACGGACAUCUAUUGUCCAUCUGUUUGAGUGGCGCUGGGCUGACAUUGCUCUUGAAUGUGAGCGAUACUUAGCUCCCAAAGGAUUUGGAGGGGUUCAGAUCUCUCCACCCAAUGAAAAUGUUGUGAUUAAUAGCCCUUUAAGACCUUGGUGGGAAAGAUACCAACCAGUUAGCUACAAGUUAUGCACAAGAUCAGGAAAUGAAAAUGAAUUCAAAGACAUGGUGACUAGAUGUAACAACGUUGGUGUCCAUAUUUAUGUGGAUGCUGUAAUUAAUCAUAUGAGUGGGAAUGGUGUGGGUGCAGGAACAAGCAGUACUUGUGGAAGUUACUUCAACCCUGGAAACAGAGAUUUUCCAGCAGUCCCAUUCUCUCAUUGGGAUUUUAAUGAUGGUAAAUGUAGAACUGGAAGUGGAGACAUUGAGAACUAUAAUGAUCCUUAUCAGGUCAGAGAUUGUCGUCUGGUCGGUCUUCUUGAUCUUGCACUGGAGAAAGAUUAUGUGCGUUCUAAGAUUGCUGAAUAUCUGAACCGCCUCAUUGACAUUGGUGUAGCAGGGUUCAGAAUUGAUGCUUCUAAGCACAUGUGGCCUGGAGACAUGAAGGCAAUUUUGGAUAAACUGCAUAAUCUAAAUACAAACUGGUUCCCCGAAGGAAGUAAACCCUUCAUUUACCAGGAGGUAAUUGAUCUGGGUGGUGAGCCAAUUAAAAGCAAUGAGUACUUUGGAAAUGGCUGUGUGACAGAAUUCAAGUAUGGUGCAAAAUUAGGCACAGUUCUGCGCAAGUGGGAUGGAGAGAAGAUGGCUUACUUAAAGAACUGGGGAGAAGGAUGGGGUUUCAUGCGUUCUGACAGAGCACUUGUCUUUGUGGACAAUCAUGACAAUCAGCGAGGACAUGGAGCUGGAGGAGCAUCUAUUCUAACAUUCUGGGACUCCAGACUGUACAAAAUGGCAGUUGGAUUUAUGCUUGCUCAUCCGUAUGGAUUUACACGAGUAAUGUCAAGCUUCCGUUGGCCAAGACAUUUUGAAAAUGGAAAAGAUGUUAAUGAUUGGAUUGGGCCACCAAAUAAUAAUGGAGUAAUUAAAGAAGUUACUAUUAAUCCAGACACCACUUGUGGCAAUGAUUGGGUCUGUGAACAUCGGUGGCGUCAAAUAAGAAACAUGGUUAUGUUCCGUAAUGUAGUUGAUGGCCAACCUUUUAGAAACUGGUGGGAUAAUGGUAGCAAUCAAGUAGCUUUUGGAAGAGGAAACAGAGGAUUUAUUGUUUUUAACAAUGAUGACUGGCCAUUAUCUUUAACUUUGCAAACUGGUCUUCCUGCUGGCACAUAUUGUGAUGUUAUUUCUGGAGAUAAAAUUGAUGGCAAUUGUACAGGAAUUAAAAUUUAUGUUUCUGGGGAUGGCAAUGCUCAUUUUUCUGUUAGUAACUCUGCUGAAGAUCCAUUUAUUGCAAUUCAUGCUGAAUCUAAAUUAUAAAAUUUGAAGCAAAUAUACAUAAUCAGAGAAAAAACCAAGUGUA